GUAUCUACCUGGGCGGGGCUUAACACAUAUUUAAACUUACCCAUCACUUACUGCAGUUACUUCAAACUUUGUAACUGUGAGCGCUCCAGUGAAUUGCCAAUUUAUUGGUGCGAUGGAUCCUGAAAUAUUAAAAAACUUAUUCAAAAAUAGCAACGCCACAAUCAUCGGGAACACUAUGCUGGUUCUAAUCCUUUAUGGAUUGCAAAUUCUCCUGGACAAACAUAUCCCGUGUCCAUGUACUGGACAUGAACAGAACCUCAACUUUGCCAGGCUAUUUUUCUGUGUACCUUCAGUGAUAUUGUUGUUGAUGAGAUUACUGCUGCAACUUGAUUCACAUCAAUGGCAUUGUUAUGAAGAUUGCAGGACAAGUUGGAAAUUUAUUUUAAUUUACAGCAAAUUGGUCUUUCAACUUUUUCUCCCGUCAGUGAUAUGGAUCUGCGUAUUGUUCUUGGACGGUGAUUACUACGCCUGUUCCGUGAUCAUGGAAAAUGGAACAGUGUCGGGUCAGACAUGCGCCAAAUUCAGCUGCCAGAAGCCACUGCACCAGGAAUGUGAUCAUUCGCGGUAUAUUGGCAGCAUUUUCAUUUCCGUAUUCCUCGUCGCCCUGCUUAUCACCUCCUGUCUUAGUUACUGCACUUGCUGUAACACUGAGAAUUAUUAUUACAAGUACCAAUGUGAUGCCAUGCAUAAAAAAGAAAAAUUGAUAAUGGAGGAAGUGAAAAGAAGAGCAGAUGAAAAGGCGAAGAAGCUGUUUAAUGAAAAAAAAAAUGAAUUAGAUUCUUUGCUUGUUCCUGCAUCAGUGGAGCAUCUACUUCGAGAUGAUACAAAUGAAGAGGUCUAGAUGACUCAGCUGAGUAUGUUGAAUACUUUCCACGUUUGCAUCAGAAUUUCAACAUCCACUGGAUUGUUUUGUUUGUAGUA